AAAAAGAGAGAUAAGCAUAAUGACCACAAAUGCAGAUGAAGGUUUUGAAAACCCAGAUUUCGACGAAGAUGAAGGAGAAGAACAAUUUGUACCAACUUCAGCCGGUCGAAAACGUUUAUUUAGUAAAGAGUUACGUUGCAUGAUGUACGGUUUUGGUGAUGACAAAAAUCCUUAUACGGAAAGCGUUGAUCUGCUGGAAGAUUUAGUUAUCGAGUUUAUAACAGAAAUGACCCAUAAAGCUAUGGAAAUUGGGCGGACGGGUCGUGUUCAAGUAGAGGAUAUUAUAUUUUUAGUGCGCAAAGAUCCUAGGAAGUACGCCCGUGUUAAGGAUUUACUUACAAUGAAUGAGGAACUAAAAAAAGCGCGUAAGGCGUUCGACGAAAUUAAAUAUGUCGGCAAUGAAGCUAAAAUCAAAUGACACAAACCCAAGAAAAAAGUGGAAAUUAGCUAUUA